GCGCCGGUUCCGGUUCCGGGUCCGUCCGGGUCCCGGCCCGGCGGCGGCGGCGGGCGGCGGGGCCGGCGGCGCGGCGCAAGAUGGCGGACCUGGAGGCGGUGCUGGCGGACGUGAGCUACCUGAUGGCCAUGGAGAAGAGCCGCGCCGCGCCCGCCGCCCGCGCCAGCAAGCGGAUCGUCCUGCCCGAGCCCAGCAUCCGCAGUGUCAUGCAGAAGUACCUGGAGGACCGGGGAGAGGUGACGUUUGACAAGGUCUUCACGCAGAAGAUCGGGUACCUGCUCUUCCGGGACUUUGCCUUUACCCAGGCAGAGGAGGCCAAAGCCCUGAUGGAGUUUUAUGAGGAGAUCAAGAAGUACGAGAAGCUGGACUCGGAGGAGGAGCGCAUGGCCCGGAGCCGCCACAUCUUCGACCAUUACAUCAUGAAGGAGCUGCUGGCCUGCUCCCACCCCUUCUCCAAGAGCGCCACGGAGCACGUGCAGAGCCGCCUGAGCAAGAAGCAGGUGCCCCCAGACCUCUUCCAGCCCUACAUCGAGGAGAUCUGCCAGAACCUGCGCGGGGGCGUCUUCCAGAAAUUCAUCGAGAGUGACAAGUUCACGCGGUUCUGCCAGUGGAAGAACGUGGAGCUGAACAUCCAUCUCACCAUGAACGACUUCAGCGUUCACCGGAUCAUCGGCCGCGGCGGCUUCGGGGAGGUCUACGGCUGCCGGAAAGCAGACACGGGCAAAAUGUAUGCCAUGAAGUGUCUGGACAAGAAGCGGAUCAAGAUGAAGCAGGGCGAGACGCUGGCCCUGAACGAGCGCAUCAUGCUGUCCCUCGUCAGCACAGGGGACUGUCCCUUCAUCGUGUGCAUGUCCUACGCCUUCCACACUCCCGACAAGCUCAGCUUCAUCCUCGACCUCAUGAACGGAGGAGACCUGCAUUAUCACCUGUCCCAGCACGGCGUCUUCUCAGAGGCAGAGAUGAGGUUCUACGCUGCUGAGAUCAUCCUGGGCCUGGAGCACAUGCACAGCCGCUUCGUCGUGUACCGUGACCUCAAGCCAGCCAACAUCCUCCUGGACGAGUUUGGGCACGUCCGGAUCUCAGACCUGGGCCUGGCCUGCGACUUCUCCAAGAAGAAGCCCCACGCCAGCGUGGGCACCCACGGCUACAUGGCUCCGGAGGUGCUGCAGAAGGGGGUGGCCUACGACAGCAGCGCCGACUGGUUCUCGCUGGGCUGCAUGCUCUUCAAACUGCUGCGGGGGCACAGCCCCUUCCGGCAGCACAAGACCAAGGACAAGCACGAGAUCGACAGGAUGACGCUGACCAUGGCCGUGGAGCUGCCGGAUUCCUUCUCCCCUGAGCUGCACUCGCUGCUCGAGGGGCUGCUGCAGCGCGACGUCAACCGGCGCCUGGGCUGCAUGGGCAGGGGGGCACAGGAGGUGAAGGAGGAGCCCUUCUUCAAAGGCCUGGACUGGCAGAUGGUCUUCCUGCAGAAGUACCCACCACCCCUCAUCCCUCCCCGCGGGGAGGUGAACGCGGCCGACGCCUUCGACAUCGGCUCCUUCGACGAGGAGGACACAAAGGGCAUCAAGCUGCUGGAGAGCGACCAGGAGCUGUACCGCAACUUCCCGCUGACCAUCUCGGAGCGCUGGCAGCAGGAGGUGACCGAGACCGUCUUCGAGGCCGUCAACGCCGACACCGACAAGCUGGAGGCCCGGAAAAAGGCCAAGAACAAGCAGCUGGGCCACGAGGAGGAGUACGCCAUGGGCAAGGACUGCAUCAUGCACGGCUACAUGGCCAAGCUGGGCAACCCCUUCCUGACGCAGUGGCAGCGCCGCUACUUCUACCUCUUCCCCAACCGGCUGGAGUGGCGCGGGGAGGGCGAGUCCCCGCAGUCGCUGCUCACCAUGGAGGAGAUCGACUCUGUGGAGGAGACGCAGGUGAAGGAGCGGAAAUGCAUCCUGCUGCGCAUCCGCGGCGGCAAGCAGUUCGUGCUGCAGUGUGAUAGCGACCCGGAGCUGGUGCAGUGGCGGAAGGAGCUGCGGGACGCCCAGCGCCAGGCGCAGCAGCUGCUGCAGCGGGUGCCGCGGAUGCAGAACAAGCCGCGCUCGCCCGUGGUGGAGCUCAGCAAAGUGCCCUUCAUCCAGCGCUCUGCCAACGGGCUCUGACCCUCAGGCCCCUCCCCACCCCGCCUCUAAUUUAUUGGGUUGGGUUCCCGCGUCCCUGCCCCGGCUCCCGGCCCCUCCUGCCCCGGCGCUGGGGGCGGCGCUCACCCGCCGGGCACGGCCCCGGAGCUGCACUGGGCACGGGGAGGGGUCUCUCAGUCCCCCCCCUCCCCCAGCCACCGUCCCUCUGUCCUCUCUGAACUCUCCGGCUAAGAUGAAGGUAGCCCCUGCACCCCCUCUCCCUGCCCCCCACUUCCCCCCGUUCCCCGGCUUCCUGUGUGCCAAACGGGGCUGGUGUGUGCCCGGUGGGCACCGGACCCCCCCUGCCCAGCGCCGUGCCCAGCCGGGUGGGGGCCGAGCCUCGGUGUGCGUGUGCGAGCGUGUGAGUGCGUGUGCCCGCGGGGACCCCCUGUAAAUACUGUGCCAUGGGUCCCCCGUGCCCCUCCUGCCACCCCCCUGGGCAAGGCGGGGGGUACACACCCCCUGCCAUCCUCCCCAAGCUGCUGGGAGAGGGGCACAGGGCAGCUGAGGAGGAGGAGGAGGGAGCAGAUGGGACCUCCCCCUCCCCUCCCCCUGCCCACCCCGCUCCCUGCCACCAUCUGUAAAUAUUGGUUCCCCGGUGGGGGUGGGCACGGGGCAGGGCCGGGGCCCCGGGGAAGGAGAUUUUAAUGAGCUGAGACGUGAGGAUGCAGCUGCAAAAAAAAAAGAGAAGAGUUUUAUAAUAAAAACCUGCAAAAACCUC